AUGCGCUACUUUGUUUGCACAAAUACAUCUGGCAAUGAUUCUUUAUAUAAGUCUAUGAAACAAUUCGAAUUGCUUGAAGACGUACUGCUCACGAUGAUGUUCAAGAUAUGUAUUUUAUAUUGCGCGUUGCCGGUGAUUUUAGGAGGGCCAUUUACAGGACAGCAGCAUGAACCAAAUCACAUCACUAAUACCGCAUCUGAGUUUAAUGUUCUAACUCCUAAAGAACUCGCAGAAAAAGCGGGAUACAUAGCCGAAACUCAUCGAGUCGUCACAGAGGAUCGGUAUAUUUUGCAACUGGAUAGAAUCGUAGGAUCGGACAAAAUACCUCCAUCUGACGAUAAGAUAGCUGUAUUAUUUGUCCAUGGUGUUUUUGAUUGCUCGGCUUCGUGGCUUUUGUCAGGUCCUGAAAAGAGUUUAGGUUUCAUAUUAGCAGAUUGGGGAUACGAUGUAUGGUUGGGUAAUGUGCGUGGCAACAGGUACUCACAAAACCACUUGGAUUGGACUGUUUCAGAGCCAGAUUUUUGGAUGUUCAGUUGGCAUGAAAUUGGAGUGUACGAUCUGCCAGCGAUGAUCGACCAUAUCCUCACUCAAACAAAAAAAGAGAAAAUCUUCAUCAUAUCACAUAGCCAGGGUGGUACGUCGUUCUUUGUAAUGGCUAGCGAACGGCCAGAGUAUCAAGAGAAGAUUAUCGCUUCUUUUGCUUUGGGUCCAGCAGUCUUCAUGUCCAGGACAAAAAGUCCUCUAUUCCAUGUUUUGGCUCCUUUUUCCAACGAUAUCAAUUUCAUAACAGAUUUGAUAGGCAUGUAUGAAUUCAAACCAUCGGAUAAACUCAUACAGAUGCUUGGAACAAUUGUGUGUGAUAAAGAAGCACUUUUGCAACCAAUAUGUAAAAACAUCGUAUUCUUGUGUGCUGGCUUCAGUAAAGAACUUAAUACGACUCUAUUGCCUGUUAUUGUGCAAUAUGAUCCUGCUGGUUCAUCUGUUAGGCAAAUCGUACAUUAUGGACAAUUGAUUAGUUCAGGCAAGUUCCGGAAAUUUGACUACGGCCUUGUCGGCAACAUGAAAAGAUACGGUACGAUACAUCCUCCUGAUUAUAAUUUGGCCAACGUUAAGCUACCAGUGUAUUUGCAUUAUAGUGCCAGUGAUAUGUAUACCGAUGUUCAGGACUUGCAUCAAUUGUACAGAGCACUACCCAAUGCUCAGAAAUUGUUAGUUCCAUCCGACAGCUUUGGGCAUAUUGAUUUCUUAUGGGGCAAGCAUGUAGAUGCUUGGGUAUACAAUGAAAUUUUAAGUCUCAUGGAAACUCACAAAAAAUGA